CCGGCAUCGAGCUUCCUCAGCGGUAGUCUCGAGUCCCAUGACGCAUCUGCUACUUUGCUUCGUGGCGCAAUGGGCAAUGCUGGGCUCCUCAGGGUGGCUUCUUCCGGGCCGGCCGGCUCGCUUUCCCGGCCCCGAUCCUGGACGUUGGCCCGUUCAACUCCCGAAACACUUCAUGGAGCACACAGUUUUCUGCUGCCUCUGAGCCUUUGUCUCACUCGCAACUUGUACUUAUGACUGUGAACGGCCGCCGGAACUGGCCAAUGCGCUUCAGAGCCUAGCCUCAGCGUCGGGAUAGACGUGGAGAAUGGUAUAUGCGCGGGUUGACCCCUUGACCUUGGCUGCUGAGGUUGGUUUAAGGCAGGCCAUGGCUCCUCGUUUCUCUCGCGAGGUCUUUCUG